AUGUUCAAGCAAGUGGAUGCAAAGGUGAAGGCGGCCUUGACACGUGAGCUCAACACGGGCAGUCAUGCAAUCAAGGUCUUAAUGGCGGUGCCCAAAGCGGAACAGGAGAAGCCCCGAGCCCGGAGACGCCUAGCAGCCGUGGUGAUUGCUUUUAGUGUGGCUCUUGGCAUACGUUUAGGCAUCGCAACGCUGGAUGUGUCCACCAUCGAAUCCUACGGCACUCAUACCUUGGUCUUGCUGCGCCAUGGCGAGUCAGAGUGGAACCUUGAAAAUCGAUUUACAGGCUGGGUGGAUGUGGAUGUCUCAGCGAAAGGUGCUGAGGAAGCUGUGAACGCUGGCAGGCUCAUGCAUGAAGCCAAUUUGAGUUUAGAUAUCGCCUUCACGAGCUAUCAGAAGCGGGCCAUCAAGACGUUGAACUUGGCCUUAGAGGAGCUGGAUGCGCUGUGGAUCCCAGUGACGAAGAGCUGGAAACUCAACGAGCGCAUGUACGGUGACCUGCAGGGUUUGAACAAAGCUGAGACCACCAACAAGUUCGGCGAAGAACAGGUGACUGAAUGGCGACGUUCCUAUGCAGUUCCACCACCUCCGAUCAAGGAAGACAGUCCAUACCAUCCCAGGUUGGAUCCCAAGUACAAGAACAUUCCAAAGAAUAAGUUGCCUCUCGCGGAGUCGCUGGCGCUGACCAUCGAUCGCGUUCUUCCCUUCUUCAGGCAAAGUAUUGCUCCUGAGCUUCGCAAGGGCAAGAAGGUGCUCAUAGCUGCCCAUGGCAACUCCUUGAGAGCCCUGGUCAAGAUCUUGGACAACGUACCUGAGGACAAGAUUGUGGGUCUGAACAUCCCCACAGGGGUACCACUGGUCUACAGACUAAACCGCCAGUUGAAGCCUGUGCCGCUUCCUGGCCAUGCCGAUCUUAUUAGCGGAACAUAUCUGGGAGAUCCAGAUUGGGUUCAAGGAAAGAUCAGCGGGGUGAAAAACCAGGCAAAAGUUCGCUAA